AUGGAAGAGAACAACGUUCCGAGCUCGUCCAUGGCUGAGCUAGUAAAAACGGAAGAACCCGCAGUCCAUAACAUUUACCCAGCAACGCCGAUUGUUAUGCUUCAACCCGUGGAGUCUUCCCAACUACCGAUCUGGCCGCAAGCAUGGACGAAGGUGGAGCCAGCCGACAGUGCUGGCCCCUCGAUGAUUCCCGCUUCUUCACUUCUCCAAUCUGGCCAAGUGAAUGUCGGUCAUCACGAUAGUGGGAUCUCCAUGGGAUCACCGAUCAGCUCAGUUCAAUCUGUUGAUAGAAAUCGUAUUCCCUCAACGUCGCAGCUCGAUCUCGAUCCUGCCUCUCCUCCUCAAGAAGGCGCUUACCAUCUGGCCACUUCCUCUCCCAAUCCGCCCGCCGUCCAGAAUCUCCAAGCUCCAUCGCAGCCUGAGCCAUCUGAAUCGGUCAAGACUGAACAAGUCACAGAAAUAUGGAACCCACAAAACAGCAACCCACCUCAGGAAUUGCUUCACAGAAACAAUCUAACAUUCGAACAAUCACACUUUACCCUUCCGUUGAGCCACUACUGUAACUUCACCGAUGCCUCGCAGAUGGCUCACGUGGCUCGAUUCGAGCAGUCGCCCGGCUUCAACUUCCACCUCCAUCCUGCUGGCUUCGUCGAAUCGACGCCAGGUUCUUCUUCCGCCGACAGAGCAUCUACUUCGCAAAUCCACUUGCACCCAGUACCUUCCUCCCACAUUCAAAACAUCGAUCACCAGAGCUUGACUCCUCAAAAUAUCAGCAACGCUAUCAACUUUCCGCAUUACCCUCCGAUGCGAGAGUAUCCACAAAUGGACUCGCAAAUUACUCAACCUGCCAAGCGCAGAAAAACCACUGAGCAUCCGAAAAGGCAGUGCGUGAACUGCGCUGCAACGACAACGCCUUUAUGGCGCCGCGACACGAACGGAAACUACCUAUGCAACGCUUGCGGUCUCUACCACAAGGUCAAUGGCUGCAACAGACCAUUGAUCAAGCCGAAGAAACGAGUUACGACGAGUAAACGAACAGGUGCCAAGUGCACCAACUGCAAUACGACCCAGACCACUCUCUGGCGGCGAACCACUAGCGGCGACGCUGUUUGCAACGCAUGUGGCCUUUACCAAAAACUUCACGGGGUAUUCGAUUUAAUUAACGAUGUAUAG